AUGGUUAACAACAAAUUUGUUUUUGUCGUUUACAAAUCAAUAAGAAUGGCAGGUUUUCAAACAGAUGAAAGUUUACUUCGAAAUAUUGACGCCAAAAUCAAGCAGUUAGGUCGAACAAAUAUAAUAGUUGUUGGUCGUACUGGUGUUGGUAAAAGUACUCUGAUCAAUGCAGUAUUCAAAGAAGAUGUAGCCACAACUGGCACAGGUUCACCAGUUACCAAGAAUAUACAGAAAUAUGUGAUACCAGGUACUUCAGUAACACUGUAUGAUUCACGUGGUCUUGAAAUGAAAGAAUAUAAAAAAAUAAUGGAUGAAGUUUGUUCGUUUAUAAAGCAGUGUCAAAAGAAUAAGGAUAUAAAUGAACAUAUUCACAUAGCUUGGAUGUGUAUUUCACAAACGUCGAAUCGACUGGAAGAAGGGGAAAUAGCCUUUGUGGAAAUGAUUUCCAAGUACAUUCCAGUAAUUAUUGUUAUUACACAAUCUUACGAUGAAGACAACACUUUAUUUAAUGUAAUUCAACAAAAAUUUCAAGAUCCUAAAGUUAUACCUGUUGUUGCCAAGGAGAAGAUUAUACGUUCAGAAUAUCCACCUAUUCCAUCAGCAGGACUUCCAAUCCUGGUGAAAAUGACACAGGAAUUACUACCAGCAGCACAGCAGAUCGCUUUUCUUGCUGCUCAAAAUGCCGAUUUCAGUGCAAAAAUCCUCAAGGCACAUGCUAUUGUCGGAACAUCAGCAAUUGCUGCGGCAGCAGCUGGAGCUAUACCAAUACCAUUCUCUGAUAUGGCAGUUCUUAUACCAAUUGAAAUAGGAAUGAUUAUAUCUAUAACAGCAGUUUUGGGUUUUGAGAUCGAACGAAGUGUUAUUAUUGCUUUAUGGGGAAUUUUUUCAACAGCAAGUGGUGCAUCUGUUGUUGGACUCGGUUUGGCAUCACUAUUAAAGUUUAUUCCAGGUGUUGGAUCAAUUGCUGGUGGUAUAAUUGAUGCGGCUGUUGCAACAUCCAUUACUACAGCAUUUGGAGAAGCUUAUAUAGGAAUAUUAGUUGUACUUUUCAAUGAAAACAAUGGUGCGAAACCAACAAAAGAUCAAUUCUUGGCAAAAUGUAAACAAGAAUGGAAGAAAAAACAAGAUUCAUAA